AUGGAAGUUUGUGCUGUUCAGUGCUUUCAAAGUGAGUUUUGGCCUAUCGUCAUCGAUAUUCCGCAUAAACUUUACGGCGACAACUACGACGACUGUUCCUACAUCAACGAUGAAGGGCACUUGAUAGAUCUAUACCGAACGGCAGCCGCGGUGAUAGUGGCGGAUGCGAUGGCGGCAGAUGCGGUAGCUCCGGGUGAACAACAUAUUGAUACGCAUACGCAAACAUAA